GCUGUUGUUUGAGCGACGGGACCGUCUCGCUCUGUCUCGUGGGUUCAUCUCCAGUGCUUUUACUGUAAUUUACCGUGAGUUCUGCCGUCGAUGAACCGGGACUGACCGCGCUCUACAGCUCCCCGUGCCACCCGGUCCACAUUGUCACGUAAUGGCCGCAGAGGUGAACGGCAGCUCUGUUCUGCUGAAGGAGGAAGAGGAGCCCAUGGAGGUGACGGCCCCGCGCUCAGAGAACUAUCAGGCGCUGCUGGAUGCGGGUCUGCCCCAGAAGGUGGCCGAGAGCCUGGAUAACAUCUUCCAGACCGGUGAGUCUGCGGAGCACGGUCUGGUGGCGUAUGCGGAUCUGGACGAGCGCGCUCUGGAUGCGCUGCGGGAGUUUAAUGAGGAAGGAGCUCUGUCAGUGCUGCAGCAGUUCAAGGAGUCUGAUCUCUCACACGUGCAGAAUAAGAGUGCGUUCCUGUGCGGCGUGAUGAAGACCUACAGGCAGCGGGAGAAGCAGGGCAAUAAAGUGCAGGAGUCCAGCAAAGGCCCCGACGAGACCAAGAUCAAGGCUCUGCUGGAUAGGACCGGAUACACACUGGAUGUCACCACCGGUCAGCGGAAGUACGGUGGGCCGCCACCUGAUGCAGUGUUCUCCGGCCCGCAGCCCGGCAUUGGCACUGAGGUGUUUGUGGGUAAGAUCCCGCGUGACCUGUAUGAGGAUGAGCUGGUUCCUCUGUUUGAGAAGGCGGGCUCCAUCUGGGACCUGCGGCGGGACGUCUGGCCACUUUUAUCCCACAUCCUCCUCUUGUUUUAAAUCCACCAUGAGCGUUUUAAAGAAGACUCUGUGAGGACGCUAAUCAUGAAAUGGCCUUCUGCAGAGAUGUGUGUCCUCGUCCUCCUCCUCCUCCUCUCAGUAAUAGUGGCGUAGGGACUUGCGUGUAAAUAACGGCUGUCGACUAGAGCUUCCUUUCCUUUCCUUUGUUUUUGCAGCGGUGGAGAAAAGAAUCCACCAGAAGGAGAAGCGUUUUGUAGCAGCAGGACCGCUGUUUCCGUGUCUGUUUAGCAUUUCUAGAAGUAGUGGUUGUGUUUUUUAACUGAUGUACUGAUAUUAUACCCUCAGAUGUCUUCUGUUUUCCAUUGGGAUUUGCUGGUGAGGGUUUGGUCUGGCUUACCUUAAGAGCUGCGGCCGCUGGUCUGAUGUUUGUAUUUAUAACUUUAUUUUUAUUUUGUUCAGUUUCAAUAAAACUCGAUCGAGCAACUUCCA